AUGCAUUGUAUCGGCAAGGACGUGGCCAAGGAAAUUGUCCCUGACGAUAAGAUCGAGUUGUUUAGUCAACUAUCCCAAAAGACCAUUCUCGAAUCUCUGCAAAGCAACAAUCCAUUGGCUGUGGCUGAUACCAUACAGCAAUACACCGAUGGAUUAAUUGCACUAUUGCCACCAUCUUUUGCAUCGUCAUCAGCAACAACGCAAGAACAAGGCAUACCACAGCAAUCAUCAAUAUCGUUGCCAACUCCCUUGCCUAAACCACAAACUUACACGUCGAAGAUGAAAAACUCUGCAACAUUUGCAACCCAUCUGUGCAUCACUGACGAGUACCGGUCCAGCAAGACUUGCCCGUACUGCCACGAGCCAACAACACUGCAAAAAUACCGUGACGAGGAUGGAAAGCUGCGAUCGGCCAACGGCGCUCUCAAGUGCACGAAUCUUACGUGUCCCAGUCGCAGCCAAAAUACGUUCAAUCGCGAUGCAGUAGGCGGAUUCAACAUUGCUGUGAUAGAGAUGACAAAGGCCAUCGAAUCAAGACGUGACACCAGUCCUGGUGCUCAGUUGUCUCCGCGCGAAGCUGGAUAG